UCCAAUUCAUUUUUCAUUUCUCAUUCAUUUUUCCUCCCUUUACCAGAUCCACCCCAUGGAUCCCUCCCUCCCACCACCGCCGCCGGCGACUCUCACGGGCGGCGGCGGCGGCAGCGGCAGCGGAAAAGAACUCCAAAAACUCCGUCUUAUGAUAAGCUACGGAGGCCACAUUCUCCCACGCCCACACGACAAAACCCUCUUUUACGCCGGUGGAGAAACCCGCAUUGUCGCCAUUUCUAAAAACUCCUCAUUUUCUCUCUCCUCUCUUUUCACCCAAAUCACCAAAUCCCUCUUCAACGGACCCCACCACCAACACCAGAGAAACCCUAAUUUUCUCCUCAAGUAUCAGCUCCCACAACAUGACCUUGAUUCUCUCAUUUCUAUAUCGUCUGAUGAAGAUCUUGCGAAUAUGAUUGAUGAAUAUGAUCGUAUUUCUUCUUCGUGUUCUCCUACACCUGCUCGUAUUCGAUUCUUUGUGUUUCCGUCGUCGUUGUCUUCAUCGUCGUCGUCGAAAGAGUUGAAAGAUGAAGGAAUUGUAAGUCAUGGGUUGAAGAAUGAUGAUGAUUGGUUUGUUGAUGCGUUGAAGGUUGCGGGUUCGAAUCCUCCUGCUGAUGAUUCUUCGCAUGAUUCGAUUGUUUUGGAGAGUAGUUCGUCUUUUGGGUCGACGAAUUCUUCGAAUUCUCCUGCAAUUAAAGGUGGUUGUGGGGAUGAUUUGAAGCUUCUUUUGCCCUCUCUUGAUUCCUUGGGAAGUGACUGCAGCAUCCCCAGCCCCAACUUUAGCCAGCAAGCAAUAGUAUAUCAAGAUGCGUCGGGAUAUUUUGACGCUAAACCUGUUUCUGUCAACCUCCUCGAGACUGAAAGCAAUGCUUCUGAUCGUUCUCCUCGGGCUGACAUCCCUGCACCAGUUCAGGUUUCUGGUUAUGUGGUAUCUAAACCAAUGGAUCUACCACAACUCCACUCUGCACCUCCACCACCAUCACCAGCGGCAGCAGCACCACCACAUUAUAUUCACCACCCGGCUUCUCAAUCUAAUUAUAUAGCUCAAUACUACCCAAAUUCUAUUCCGUUUGCAUCUUAUACACCAAUGUAUCAGACUUAUGCCCAACCACAGCAACCUGUCCAGUAUCAUAACCCUUACCCAAUCUACAUGAUGCCUGUUGGGAAAACACAAAAUCUGUAUGAUGCGUCCAUACCCUGUGCUUCUGCACAAAAUGUUGGUACGAAUCAACCCCAAGUACCUCCAAAUUCUGUUCUGGUUGCUUCCCCAAUGAGAUAUGAAGGGUAUAACAAACCUACCACUCCAGCUCCCGAAUAUGGUGCUCAAGUAUACAUGCCAACUGCUGUGGCUACCCAACCUGUACAUUUGCCUCCAGUGAAUCAACCACCUCAGCCUGUUUCUGUUGCUCUCUGCGAAAAUAUGAACUAUGUUAAUGAAAACGUGAACUACGUCAAUGAAUAUGAAGAUCCUAUGCAUGCUCAGAUAUACAAAAGUCAACCUUCUGGUCCUACACUUCAAAUGGCAACAAAUGCUGCAACGUCAAUGUUACCAGAAAAUUUCACCCAAUUACAGGUGGAGAAUACUAAGCGUUGAGGACUCUGAACCACAGACUAGUGUUGCUUCAAGAAACAGUUUUGAGUAAGAUACAUGGAGUUCAUUAAUGUAGUUUAUUCUGCUGUGGUUUUUCCUCCACGGUUCACUUUUUCGUGUUGCAGUAUAUGGUCUUUCGCUAUUAAUUCUUAUACGUUUUUGAUAUAGUAGAGAUACUAUCUUCAGCUAUUUGUUAGCUUAUACAAAGAAAAGGUGCUCGAUAUCCAUUUGUUGGAUAUCUGUAAGCGUUAUGGUCCUGUCCAUGUAACAUUGUGGUAAAGUGUGUAUCAGUAUUUUCUGUUAUCUUUUGAUUUAUAUAUUGAAGUAUCAGAAUUGAUUCCUUGGUUUCUCA